UAGAAAUGUGCACAUCUCUAGUUGAAAUUGCAUAUGUUUUGAUUUGUUAGUUUGGAGUUUUGUGUAUUUCGCUGAAAAUGAGUGAAGAAAAUGGCAAGGAAAAUUUAAAGCGUCAAGCAACUGAUUCACAUGACGAAAACGAAGAUGUCCGAGAUAAGGAUGGUGAGGCGGAGCAGGAGGAUAGCUGGAUUGGACCUAUGCCAUCGGAGCAAAGUGCCUCCGCAGUGCCGGCAAAGAAAAAGAAAGUGCUACCAUAUGAGCAUAUAUAUCUCGAGAAUCUGCCCAAUGCCGAGAGUUACGAACGGAGCUAUAUGCAUCGGGACGUCAUCACGCAUUUGGUGUGCACCAAAACGGAAUUUCUCAUAACCGCCAGCAUAGAUGGCCAUAUCAAGUUCUGGAAGAAAAUGGAUUUGGGUAUUGAGUUUGUCAAGCAUUUCCGCAGUCAUUUGGUGCCGAUCAAAUCUUUAGUCUGUAAUAGCAGCGGAACGCUCCUCUGCACAGCAGCCACCGAUCAAACGGCCAAGAUUUUCGAUGUGAUUAACUUUGAUAUGAUUAAUAUUAUACGAUUGGGCUAUACACCGCAAUGUGCCGAAUGGAUAAAUGCACCCGGCGACCCAGUCCAGGGAUUAGCAAUCUCCGAUUCGGAGAGCAACUACAUUCGCAUAUAUGAUGGUCAGGCCAUGGAUGCCACCAGUGUUUUGCAUACACUGGACAAACUACAUUCGGCUCCGGUGGUGGUCAUGUGCUUCAAUGUGGCCAUGGAAACAAUUAUAUCAGUGGAUCGCAACGGCAUUUUAGAGUAUUGGCAAAACUCGAAACAUGAUUACAAAUUCCCACAACGUUUGGUCAACUUUGAAACUAAACUGGAUACAAAUCUCUAUGAGUUUGCCAAGCAAAAGACACAAGUAACAGGUCUAGCGGCAACGCCGAAUGGCAAAAGAUUUGCAGCCAUUUCCACGGAUCGGAAAGUUCGCAUCUUUCAAUUUCAUACUGGCAAAUUGAUAAGAGUCUUUGAUGAAGCUCUAACCACCUAUACACAAAUGCAGCAGACGCCGCAUGCAUUACCCAAUAUGGAAUUUGGCAGAAGAAUGGCUGCUGAAAGAGAUCUUGAGAAGACUUCACAAAACAACACGUUCAACAUUAUGUUCGAUAGUACGGGACACUUUCUGCUCUAUCCCACCAUGCUGGGCAUUAAGGUGAUCAAUGUGACCACCAAUCGUUGUGUAACAAUUCUAGGAAAGACCGACAAUAUAAGACCACUGCAAGUGGCCCUAUUCCAGGGAAGGAUUAAGCGACAGAAGGCAGCUAUUACGCUAGAGCAUGAGGCAAGCGAGAAUCCAGCUUUACAGAACCUAUUAAAUGAUCCCACUGCCUUUUGCACAGCGUACAAAAAAAAUCGUUUUUAUUUGUAUAGCAGAAGAUUACCUUCGGAUCUGCAAGAUGUAGAUCGUGAUAUAUUUAAUGAAAAACCAUCAAAGGAGGAUACAAUUGCCGUUCCAGAAGCUACAGUCAUCCAACGAAUCUAUGAGAAUGUGGUGCUCCAUACUACCAAAGGUGACAUACAUAUGAAACUAUUUUUCAAGGAAGUCCCAAAGACAGUGGAGAAUUUUUGUGUCCAUGCAAAAAAUGGUUAUUAUAACGGACAUAUCUUUCAUCGUGUGAUCAAGGGUUUCAUGGUACAAACUGGUGAUCCGACAGGCACUGGAACUGGUGGCAAAUCCAUUUGGGGCAAUGAUUUUAAAGAUGAAUUUGUAGCCAGCUUGAAGCAUGAUCGUCCCUAUACGGUUAGCAUGGCCAAUGCCGGACCCAACACCAAUGGCAGUCAGUUUUUCAUUACGGUUCUUCCAACACCCUGGUUGGAUAAUAAGCACACAGUUUUUGGACGCGUUUAUCGUGGAAUGGAAGUGGUUCUCAAUAUUUGCAAUGCUAAAUCCAAUCCCAAAACUGAUAAACCCUAUGACGAUAUCAAAAUUAUUUCAAUACACUUAAGUAAUUAAUAAAUGUAAGUUAAAUUUUUGUACACAAACCAAGAGGUUAAGUCCUUUUUGCAACUUUAUCAGGAUGGGAUUGAUAUAACAAGAUUAUAGCUGAAAAUUACUAAAUUAGAGUAGACUAGCAGGUUUUAGCAGUUAAUGCUAUUGUUUCAGUUUAGAUUUUGUCCUUUUUCUUUUUUUUUUAUUAACAUUUACUUUGCGUUCAAGUAAAACAAAAUGUUACAUUGUAAAUUUCUUAUACAUACAUGAAUGUAAAUUUAAAAACAAAAUUAACAAAAAGAAAUCCAAAAUUGA